GCUUGUGCAAGGUUCUUUAUGGAACCAGAGUUGCCUCGAAUGCAAGCCACGAGACUGCACUGUUUCGUUUAAACAAUACGAUUGCAUAUCCGUCCGUAUAUUAUCGAAUAGAUACGUUAUUCGAGACGUUUAAAAGACGGUUUAAAAACGUACGUGCAACUAUGGUUUGAAAAGUUUGAAUCAAAUCACGGUGCAAAGCGAAGUAUACAAGAUAAUCAAAAUGGAGAACGAUCUUCUGACCUCGAUUACUUUCAUCACUAACUACAUAGAUACCGAUAGAGAAAAAGCCAAACGGGAAGAAGAACGAUACAAGCUAAUCCGAGAACUUUACGAAGAGAUUCGUCAGGAAAAGCUGAAUUCCGUAAGAAAGGUAAAAGAGGAGGCGGAGGCGAUGAAGCUAAGAAAAGAACAGCUUCAAGUCACUUGGUACGUUCUCUACGAUAACAACAGAGCUUUCAUGGACUACCAGCUGAGUAACAAAGAUGUCGACUCUUGGGAUCAAUAUAUGAGAUGCGACGGGCUUCCUGAUCCUGGGAUCGUUUCGGAUCUCAACACUUACUUGUUCCUUUGGAGUCUCGAUGAUUACACAGCCAACGUUGAAACUGUGGCUAAAAAAUCGGAGGAAGUCAUUUACCUUUUGAACAAGCUCGAGAGUAUCAUACACUAUUCCGUUAUGAACCCUCGAGAAUACAUCGACGAGUGUAUAUCGAUCCGGCAGCAGUUUAGAGACAAGCUACAAAUGUGGCUAGACUUGGCGACCUAUCGUCUUUUGCGUCGUAUAGAACAGGGAAUGAUCAGGGAAGAUUUGCGAAAUGCAAGAUUCGUGAAAAAAUCAAAGCAGUUGAUUUGCUGCUUGUGGGCCCUGAUAAAACUGCCAAUCAGCAUCAAGCAAGUGACAGAAAGAGACAGAAAACCGGUCGAAGUUGUUUUUGACGAAAUCAAUUUAACUAUAAAAAUGCCCAUGGACGUUGAUUGUUAUUGCAUGGCAAUUCGUGGAAUGUGGGUUAAGUAUGACCACUAUUCCGAUCAAACUGCAUCGUUCAAUGAACCGGAAUUGCCAGAAAAGUAUCGAAGAACGCUAGAUCUGCUCAAUUACUGUCAAAUCGAACACGAAAUGAAGGCAAAGAUAAGAGAGGAGCAGGCCGAAGGUCGCCGGUUGCGUCUUGAAGAAAAGCGGCUGAUGGCGGAAAAACUGGCGAAUCCACCACCGACGGCGUCGCAAGCGGAACAAAAAAAAGCAAAAAGUCAAGCCGGGCAGUACGGCCGCGGUAAGAAGAACGAACCGGAACCAGAACCAGAACCAGAACCGUUGCCUUACUUGCCAACACCGGAUGAGAUAAUACUGGCGAAUGAAGGUGAAGUGAGAAAGGAAAUAAGGAGGCUGCUUUUUACCAGGUGCGAGAAGACGGAACUCAAUUUAAGAAAGUACGCUAUUCUAGGUGGCGCAAUUCACGUCGACUUGGUCUAUCAACCGGCUCAGCCCAAAGAUAUGCGAAGAGAUAUUCUAAUCACCGCGUUACAGAUUCCCAAAGAAUUAAAAUACGUUCCGUUUAUGAAACCUUACGACCCGCCACCGCCGGCUGCUCAAGAUGCUGAAAGACCACCGGAAGUGAUCGAGGCAGAAAUGAAGGCCUUGGAAGAAGCAAUGGAAGCUCUGGCGCUGGUCACUCUAAAGAUUCCGGAUACGGUGCUCUGGUUUGAACCACCUUUGGUAGCUCACUGGCUGCCGGAGAGAAAAAUCUGGUCGACCAAAGACGUCCAUGAUAUUAAAUAUAACGAGGAACAGCAGAUAAUUACUUUCAGAACUGGACGGCUGGGUGUUCACGGCCUCGCCGGCUACAGAUACAUUAAUCUACCCUUUCAAAGUUGGGAAAUGAAACCAGAGUCCGGGAAGGACAACGGCGGCGGCGUGAUCUUGUCGAUAACAGCAGCAAUCGUUCAAGUGGAGUUCAUUGUCAGAGAAGAUUUGGUAUGCCUGCGUUCGUUGGUUGGUGGAACGAGUUCCGCACUCCAGGAAAUCGUCGGUGAAUAUAUGAAGCUGCAUUUUCUAAUACAGAAAAUGCGAGCAGGCGGAUGCGAUCUUUUUCCCGAUCAGGACGCUAGGAGCUACAUGAAGGGGCUCUCUGGAAAACAUCCGGUUGUUGAAAAACACCUGCAAUCCUGCAUGGGUCUACUCUGCACCGCAUACCUAUUUGGAUGGUCCAGAUGGAAUGCUGGCUGCACCCCACGGGAAAUUGUCAUUCAGUUCAAAGAGAUUCACGGUUGUGUCGCGCAGCAAUCGAAUUCGACUCUCUUGGUUUCUCCACUGGAAACAUGUUUGGUCGACUGCACGGAGGUCAGUCCGGAAUUUAGUAACAAACGUUUACCAGACCAGGAAAAUCAGUUUCACGCAGAUUUGUAUCAUAUGGCGAUGCAUAACGCUGGGAUAAAAAGUCGAAUGCUGAUGAAAAGCGUAUCGUUCAAGCUUGCGACGAUUGUAACUCAGCUUCUCCAGAGAACAAGUGUUAUCAGUAUGUCGUCAUGAUACGUUUUUUCAUAACUUUUACUUUGCGAUUUUACGGUGAGUAUAACAAUGUAGAAAUGAUAAUCUACGGAUAACGGUUUCCUACAGAAACGAAACUCGAUACUCUUGUUAUUCAAAGGUUUCUAUAAAUACUAGUGAAAAGCAUACGUAGCCUGAAAAAAUAAAGAAUAUCUAUUUUUCAUUGUUAUAAACUUUUAAUAUGAAGUUAAAUUAUAUUCUAGUCACUGAAAUCUCACACAAUCAGUCAGGGAGUUCAAUUUAUUGACAUAUCAUAACAAAUGUUACUCUAAUCUUGGACAUAAGUGAAGUAGUUUUAAAAGUGUUUUAUUAUGCACUGUUAUGAAAUUAUAUGUAUUACAGAUUGUAAUAUGCUAGUAUUAUAUACUAAAAUAUUUAUCAUACGUUUUCGACAAAUAAAAAUAUAUACGUCGUUACUUAAUUUAUUGACGUGUACAGUUAUCAGGUACAUACAUUGUGCUGUAAUUUCAGCAGUUUAUCGUUACACGUGUUAACUGAAGCACCUCUGAAACUUGAAAUAGUGAUAAUACACUUAUAACGAUACAUAAAUAAUAUCGGACCUUGUUGGAACAGAAAUAAUAAUUGGAGUUAAUAAGAAUAUCAUAAAUUUGCGAUCUGAUACUAACAAUUCAGACUUAUUCCGAGUAACAAUUUAUUUUUACAUUAAUUAAAUCAAGGUGCGCGUACAGAAAUACGGAACAAUGAACUUUUCCUCCUUCAAUCCUUGUUAAAUUGAAUGAACGCAACUAAAAGAGUUACCCGAAAAGUAGGUAAUAACUGAGAGCCCAAA